GUCGGAUCGCGCUGUUCUAAAACAUUUCUAAUUAAUUCCAGCGAAUUUACGAAAUGACCAACGGCGAAAACGCAGGAACCGCAAAUUCGGACGAAAAGCUAUCGAACGUGAAGAAAAUCUCGAUCGGUUUACAAAGCCCAGACAGAAAAGUGCGAAAGCAAGCCUUCCUCGAUUUGCAGGGCUAUCUGUCCAACGAAAAUGCGGAAUUCAGCAACCAGGACCUCCGGUCGAUUUUCGUCGAAAUUCACAUAUACGUAUUGAACGGGCUGCGAGACAAAGUGGAAAACGUCCGCGAACAAGCGAUUAAAUUCGUCAACUUCCUAAUCAUCGAAAAGUUACCGCUCAACGAUUACUACCUUACCUACGUAUUACCUGUACUAGUCGAAAGAAUCGGCACGGUGGAAUUGAUCGAGGAAUCCGAGGAAAUCCGAUUACAAAUACUCCAAUUACUCGACGCUAUUAUAACUAAGUACUCGCAUACAGCCCAGCUGGUGCCGUUCCUGAACGAUUGCGUCACCAUUCUCGCCGAGACCGUCAAAGACAAGUAUCCUACCAUAAAGGAAUUGAGUUGUCGCACCGUCAUCAAAUUGGCCGAGGCCUUGCCGAGGGAUUUCCACAAACAGGCGGAAACUCUGGUGAAGCCGGUCAUAACGUGUUUCUACCACCAGAGGUACAAAGUGCGAGUCGAGGCCGUCUACGCAGUCGGCGAAAUCGUCAUGCACAGCUCGUACAAGGCCCUCGAAGAGGCCGUAACGCCAUUGGCCGAGAAACUGUUUGACCAGAUACCCGCCGUGAGAAGGGCCGUUGCGCAGGUGGCCGCUCGAUGGUUGAUGGAGUAUCGAGACAGGUACUCGUUUUUCCAUAAAAUUCUGCCGCUAUUGCUCACCGGCUUGAACGAUGAGGUGCUGGAAACCAGAAUGGAGGCGGCCAAGUUGUGGGAACAGGCCGGUUUGCAAUAUCAACAAGAGAACGAGAAGGAUUUUAAAGACGAAAUCGAUUAUCUGAUCCAACCUCCGAAAUAUUACCCGGACAACGUGCUACGGCCUAACAUCGGCUGCAGGGGCUUGGUGAAGAGGAACGUGCUUAAAAUAGCCCCCGGCAUAGCGAACGAACUGACCAGUUGGCAGGAAGACAUCCGGUUGAGGUGCGCCCAACUUCUCUGCGCCGUUGCGUUACACGCCGAAAGCGACAUCACGCAGAACCUCCAAGUGCUCCUCGUCGCCAUGUAUUCGGCCGCAAGGGACGAUGACCACCGGGUGGUAUCGAACAUCGAAAGGGCCAGCGAAAUCAUCGGGUGCUUCGUUAAAUGCGACACGUGGUCCGAACUGAUGGUGCCGCUCGUCGAAGACGGGCCCCAUUACGGUCAUUUGACGGUACUCAAGGGACUAAUAAGAGGCUCCCCGCGCGAGUACUUUGCGCCGUACGUUGAGAACAUUUGCAAGGUUUUGAGCGAGGAUUUCAUAUGUUGUAGCAGAAAAAACAAAUACCAAGUCGAAUUGAUCGAGUGCGUAAAGGCUUUGGCCGAGAAACACGACAACGGUACCGAAGGAGAAGCCGGUUAUUGCUUGUUUAAAAUAUCGACGUCCGUGUUCGCUUUGAAGCACGCCGAUAACGCGGAGAAAAUCCGCGAUUCGGACGUAAUGGAUCGCUUGAAAGAUUGCUUGAAAUUGGAAAGCGUGCAGGAAUUGUACGAUUUGUACGCCGGUCGGCUGUUGAGGCACGUGAACAGGAACCCCGAGCUUUGGACGAUCGUCAGCGAAGAGGAGUGCUUGUUUCUGUCGCUGUUGUCGCACGUGAACGAGGCCUUCGGACGGAAUUUGGACGUUAUAGGGGAGAUUUUGAGUCUGUCGCUCGAUACUCAAUGCGACGCGGAGAGUCGCUUGAAGAUAUUUUACGUGCUGGCCGGCGUGUUUGAGAACAAAGAGGCGGUUUUCGGACGGGCCGAGAAUCGAGCGGAAUUUCUGGAAAAAUUAGUUCAAGAUGUAUUUGUACCGUCGCUGGUUUGGCACGCGGGCGCAACGGCGGAGGCCAUCAGAACGAUGGCGGCUUCCUGUUUGCGAAGCGCUCUCCUGCCGCUAGAUGGCGUCGAAUUGUUUACAGCGGAAACGUUGCGACCGGUUCGCGAUAAAUUGUUGCCUUUGUUGACUUCCCUGUUGGAAGACGCUUCGUACAGAAGUCGAGAAACGGCCGUGGAUUGUUUGGUUUUGUUGAAGGAGAAUUGCCACAGGACGGGCAUUUGGGAGAUUGGAGAUUUCGUGUCUGUGUAUCCAGAGGUGUUGAAACGGUUGGACGAUCCGACCGAUAGGGUGAGGAUUUGCGCUUUGAGAAAUUUACCUUUUAUACUGAAAAACGUACCGGAGAUAUUUAAAGAUUUAACGUAUAGGAGCCAUCACGAGCUUAUCGUCGAUACGUUGAUGAUACAUUUCGAUGAUGACGAUGAGGCGAUUCAAAAAUUGGUGAAAAAUGCGUUGGAAUCGAUGGUGGAAAUAAAUAAAAAGGAGCUGUUGAAUAAAAUCGAACGUCACAAGCCUUUGUUGCGCAAUCAAAAAGGCUGCGAGGAGUUUCUGGAGAGCCUAGAAGGCUUGAGAAUUACGGAAAUCAAGUGAAUUUAUUCGCAACGUUUCCUGCUUUGUAUUGUUAAUUUUCUUAUUAAUAAUUUAUGUCGAUUUAUUGUACGUGUUUAUAAACAAAAAAAAUUGUUUUUAAAAAUUUAUAAGCCAACUACGUCCAGUUGGAAAUUUGUAAAAAAUAAUAUACAUUAAACAACCUAAAUUAAAUAAAUUAAACACAUAUUUAAAAAAUCUAAAAAGCGAUUUCUAAAUAUAGCGGAUUCUCAAUAUCGUCUCCAAUGUGGAAAUGAUAGGAAUAAGCGAUGGAAAUUUUCCUUUGAUGUCCUAUACAUAUACCUAUGCAAAUUUUACCCAUUGUAGCCUCGAAGUUCCUGUCGAAAUAUUCGCAGCAUUUUUUAUCGAUUAUCUGCCGAUGAGCAUUGAAAGCCACAUGUCGAUCGUUGUCUUUCCUUUCGCAAUCGAUCGUUUUAGUUUCGAUAAAAAUCCCCACGCCCGAAUCGUUCACAGUCAGUAUAUCGAUUGUACUGCUCAAAUUGUUCUUGUAUAUCUCCGACUGGGUGAUGCAAAAUUUACUGGCCAAAAACGUGAACAGCACGUUCUGGAACCCGUUGGAAUCCUCCAAAGUCCCGUAGAAAUUCGAAUUGGUAAAUAGAUCGUUGAGGCUCCUGCAGAACUGCUCGAACUUCGCGUCGUCGUAGGUUUGCACGGAGAAGGCGUUGGUGGCCGAAUGGAGCGCCCUCAGGUGGCGCUCUUUGAAACCGUACUUCGCGAUGAAAGUGUCUUUGAGAAUCCUCGCGAUUUCCAAGCGAAUCUCCGAAUUGGGAAUUUUCAAAAACAUUUCGGAUUGAUCCAAAGUCAAGCUAUCGUUGCCCGUCACGUAGCCCAAAUGGUAGAGGACUUUCAGAAAGAGCCCUUCGGCGCUGGCCCCGUUUUUUUCCAUUAGCAUGUUGUUUAAACUCCUAACGUUAUAAACAGAUAGAGCUUUUGAGAUGUCCGUACACCUGGACAUCCCUAACAACAGUAGUUCCAUUUCUUCGGCGAUUUCUUUGAUGGAAAAUAUCUCUUUGAACAAAUCGUAGUGUUCGGAUUGACACCAGUAAUUCAACGGUAUCCUCUUGUUCUCCAAAUAACUCAAAACCGACCAAAGAUUAU